AUGAGGAGUGACAAGGGUGGUAACAUUGUCAUUAUGUCACAAGAGUCCUACCAUUUAAAAAUGAUGGAACUGUUGGAAAAUCAGGACGAAUAUGAGGUUACAACCUUAUAUGAUAUCAAAAGAAAACAAAGAGUGUAUACCGAGAAGAAAGAAAAUGAAAGGGAGGAACAGAUUAAAGAGAGAGAAUGUUGGAUUGAUAACCAGCUUCGACAUCAUGAAGUUCUAAAGAAGAAAAGGACUGAGAGAGCAAAGAGCGCCCAAGAAAGACGGACUUAUCUUGAACACCAAAGAGUCCAACGAUACCAGGAUUUACAGAGUUGCAAAGAGACUUACAACCUCCAGCAGAGUACUAGACCACUGCUGGAAGGAAUACCUUGUCCCACUCCAGUACCACAUAAUUCUUCCUGUCCCAUAGAAAUACGCACUUCUAACUUUCUGAUGAACCACCCAUUCAGGUUGCCUUGGCAACAGAAGCAGGCUGAUGAGCUUUGUGAGGAGUACUGCGAACCUCAGAAAACAAAGAAAGCAUUGAAUACUGGUCGAGCAUGGAACAUGCUUCAACUAAUUAACCAAGGCAGACAGCCAUCCAAGUCAAUUCCCAAUAAAGGGCAGUAUAUUCUUAUAAAAACAGAAUGCAACUCUCAGCCUUUUCCCUCACCAACUCCACUGGAAGCUAGACUGCUGAGGGAUCGUUUCCCAAGCCAGUAUGUGACAUCCUUAAAACGAGUUCGCUCUAAAUCUGCACAAAAUAUGUAUUAUGAACCUAGUUAGGUGACGAGGAAAAUGAGCAUAACUGAUCUUGUUUUUCCAGUGACUAGACAACAGUGCUUUUCUCCCACACUGUAUAAACAUUAUUAACAAAUAGUGGGCUAAUUAGUGAGAACGCAAAACUGACUUGAGGCAAUGUAAAUGUUAUUCAGAUUUAAUAAAGCUGGAUUAAAAUAA